UAUGUCUUUGUGCUCUUCAUCGACAGAAACUCCGCCGGACCCGAGGCUCCGCGGGCGGCUGCUGAGCGCCUCUCCCCGGGACACGCUCCGUGUGCGAGGCUGCCGUCACUUCCACCAGCGGGUUGUGAGGCUGAUGAUGUGCUGUGAAGAUGGAGGCUCCUGAAUACCUGGACCUGGACGAGAUCGACUUCUCUGAAGACUCUGUGUUUUCUGUGACGUCUCUGAAGAGCAUCCCAGAGCUGUCCAGGAGGAGUGAUGGUCAGGCCGACGAGAGACCAGCUCCAGCCAUCAACUGGAGUCGUGGGGUUUCCUCCCACAGUGGCGGGGGAAUCAAACCCACGGGGCUUGCCGAGGUCCAUAGUAAGUUCCGGCCGGUGAAGAGAGUCUCUCCCCUCAAACACCAGCCUGAGACGACAGACUCAGACUCUGAUGGGAAAGCCCCGGGUCAGGACCUGGGUCUGGGGGAGCCAGGGGAGGCCAGUAAAGAUGAGCCUAGCUCCGACAAGCCGACUCAUGCCUCCAGCUCCUCCGACGGGCCGGGGGGGAAGGGGAAGGGCCUGGCCGGCGCCGGCGUCGUUGGAGGGAACAACCCUCAGGCUCUGUUCGGGGAGCUGGAGCACUACGAUCUGGACAUGGACGAGAUCCUGGACGUGCCUUACAUCAAAUCCAGUCAGCAGAUGUCCACGCUGCCUCGCGUCCCCCACGACAAGCGCUCAGUGACGGGGAGCAACCUGGGGGGGGGCACGCUGGAGAGGCCCCGGGGAGGAGGACUGAAGAGCUCCACCUUAUCCCACAACGAGCCUCUGAGCCUGGGAAGCAGCAGCUCGCAGACUCAGUACUGUGUUCUGUCUCCGGUGAAGUGGUCGGACCUGAGGAAGUCCAAGUCCAUGGAUCCAGAUCUCCACCACCUGCACCGCUCCCAGACCGGAGGAGGUUACCAGCCAGAGCUGCUCUCCUCCGGACUCCUCAGCUGCUCCUCCUCCAUCUCCUCUUUUUCUGAUACAGACAAGCUGCUGUCAGCGCGGGUCUACCCAGACUCCCAGACCCAGAGGCCGGGUGUGGAGCCUCCAGGAGGUCCGGCUCUUAUGUUCCCCCUGCCAGGGUGCAGCGGGGGCAGGCAGGACGGCUCCAAGCCCAGGGCCCCUGGAGCAGGAGGAGGUGCAGGAGGGGCUGGUGGGCUGAGGGGGUUCGGAGGAGGAGGAGCGGAGCUGGACGAGGAGACGAAGAAGAACCAGAACAUCAUGAACAUCGUCAGAGAUGGACAGAUCUCACUGCUGCCUCACCUUGCAGCAGAUAACCUGGAGCUGAUCAGAGACGAUGAUGGAAACAACCUGCUGCACAUCUCAGCGUCUCAGGGUCACGCUGACUGUCUUCAGCAUCUCACGUCCCUGAUGGGGGAGGACGGACUUAACGAGCGCAACAGCCAGCAGCUCACCCCUGCAGGCCUGGGGGUCAAGAACGGUCACUUGGAGUGUGUGAGGUGGAUGGUGAGUGAAACCGAGGCCAUCGCUGAGCUGAGCUGCACCAGAGAACAUCCCAGUCUGAUCCACUAUGCUGCUCGCUAUGGACAGGAGAAGGUGUUGCUGUGGUUACUUCAGUUCAUGCAGGAACAGGCGAUCUCAUUGGACGAAGUCGACCAGAACGGAAACACGGCCGUGCACGUGGCCGCUCAGUACGGACACCUCACCUGUAUACAGACUCUGGUGGAGUACGGCUCCAACGUGACGGUCCAGAACCAGCAGGGGGAGCGGCCUUCCCAGAGUGCCGAGCGGCAGGGACACACCACCUGCGCUCGGUACCUGGUGGUGGUGGAGACGUGCAUGUCGCUGGCCUCGCAGGUCGUUAAACUCACCAAGCAGCUCAAUGAACAAGCAACAGAGAGGAUGACUCUACAGAAACAACUACAGAGACUGAUGGACCCCAGCAAGGCAGAAGGAACGCCCUCCCGAUCCCCCAGCUCCCAUCAGCCCCCAGUGGAGGCGUGGCCAGAGAUGAUGUUGACAGCAGAGGGGACAGACGGUCAUUGGUCGGUUCGUCAGGGAGGAGUCAGUCAAGAUGCUGUGCUGCGCCAGCUGCUGGGGAAGGAGGCGCCGGACACGCUGUGUCCCAGGGAGAGGCUGCCUCCUGCAAGGGGCCUGAGCAGGGAGGGCCCCGCUGGUCCAGGGGCCCCAGGGGCCCCCGGGGCCCCCGGGGCCAGCAGGACAGGGCUGGUGGAGAGGAGAGAGCUCAAACUAGCGAGACUCAAACAGAUCAUGCAGCGCUCUCUCAGUGAGUCUGAUUCGGAUGGUUAUCCCCCAGAGGAAGGUCAAAGUCAAGGGGCCCCGCCCUCAAACACUAUGCGCCCUGAUAGGCCGUCGCACCUGCCAAUCACAGAGGAGGAGCCCGGGUCGAAUCACCUUAACUUGACGAUGAAUAAGCCCCUCCCCUCCACUUCCUCCUCCACAACUGAGAGGAAGCAGGCAUUUUCACUCAGCGGGUCAAAGUCAGUGGACAGCAUUGGUUACAAUCCCUCCCCCACCUCCAGCGACCCCGAGGCCACAGACGCCAAAACAACAGACGCCUCUGCCGACCUGCAGGAGGCCGCCAACGGCCAGAAGGUCGCCACCAGCCCCAAGAGUGCACUGAAGUCCCCCUCGUCCCGCAGGAAGACGUCCCAGAACCUCAAACUGAGGGUGACCUUCGACGAGCAGGUCCACAAGAGCUCCAGUCAGGAGGCGGAGCCAACCAAAGUGCAUCAUGGGAAGGAGAGGACUUCAACAGGAGGCUCUGAGGGCAAGCGGCCGUUUGGGGCGUUCCGCUCCAUCAUGGAGACGCUGAGUGGAAACACAAAUCACAACAACAACAGUGGUGGUCAGCCGGGCGCUGCCUCUCAGAACUCACCCGGCAGGAAGUCCGAGGGUAAGAGCGGCGCCGGAGGAGGAGCCAGAGUGAAGAGCAGGACCAGCAACGUGUAACCGGCCGGGGGGCGGCGCCGAGAGCACCGAGCCAAUCACCAACGAGCAAACCGCCUGCGAGGCAGCGGACAUGAGAAGCUUCAACAUCCACACCUUAAAACAUCAGUUCAGCUGUGGCUGCAGUGAUGUCAUCAACGAUGUCAUCGAUGACAAUGACCAAUCACACUCGGUUUUAUUAUAGUUUCUCAUGUUCUUUACCUCAAACAGCUUUUACAGGUGAGAAGUGAAACACAGAUGGAAGCUGUCACUGAGUCGGAUGUGUUUUUAUGAACAUUGAGUAUUAAUCUGCGUCUGUGGAAUUUCUCCAUAUCUCACUUUAUUUUGCUUUUUUCACAUUACCAGAGUUCAGUCGUCUGACGAAAACAAAACUUUCAUCUUUUCCUCUGCAGAUUAAAAGUUUCUCUGAGUUACACUUAUGAUGAACCUAUGAAUUAUUAAUAUUUAUGUUGAUGCACAGUUAUGUUCUGUUAAUUUUUUUUAAAUGUGGUUAUAAUCAUGCACGCUGUUAACGUGCACCAGCACAAAUACCUUUAAAACCACUGUAUAUGAACUAGUAGUAUUUAAUAUUUUGUAUGUCAUAUGCCACACGUUUCUUUACUUCCAGUGUUUAUUAUCUAUGCAGUAUUUCAUGAAGUAGAUGUUGGAUAUGUGACGUGUCUUUUAGACGUGAAGGUAACAGAUUACUGCGUUCAUCAUCUGAAGCUUCAGACUCUUCAGGUUCCUCACAUCUGCUUCCAAUGAUUUUCACUAAAGCUCAAUCUCUUUAAAAAUACUACAUUUCUUUAAAACACUAAAAGUUUUUAAUGAUUAAAUAAAAUUGUUAUUUUAGGAAAACUUUAUUUUGUGGGUCUUGAAAGUUUCCAUAAUUUCCAGUUGCUUCCUGGUAAAAAAAAACGUGUAGUUGAAGUAUGACGCAGACGUUUAAACGUGACAUUUCUCUACAGACGAGUUCCUGGAGCCUCAGAAGUCAAAUAAACACAACCUAAUUAUAUUUAUUCAUAUUUACACAAAACAGUUUGAACUAAGUUUUAUUAACAUGUAAAUUGUUAAAAUAAAUUUGAAUGCACUUGCUCGCUACUGUCACACAAUAGGUCGAGCUGAUAGUGGUGUGUGUGUGAGCGCCCUCUGCUGGAUCACAAGGUAAACUACUAAUAACUGAAGUUGAACAGGUUUAAAUAUCACGUUUUUCCCCUUCGAGCAAAUGUCAAUUUUAAGAAGUGAGCAAAUAAUUUUCUUUAAAUUGAGUUUUAGCUGAAAACCAACUGUGGAUUAAAAUCUGACCAUAACAUCGUCUCUUAGUUUUUUUGUCAGAAACUUUCUGGGAAAGUUGGUAAAAUACAGAAGAAAAAAAGUUCAAGCUUCUUCAUAAGCAGGAAAACGUUGAAUCGUUUGAGCUCUUCCAUGGAACAGUCGUCAUUCUGUUGAUGAGAAGCAGCUUCUUUAGGUCAAAGGUCACAUCAGGACGAGGGAGGCGGAGCUGGACAUUCACGUGUCGGAGGAUGUUUACUCACCACAAAAUAAAUAUCAGUGAAUGUUGGAAAAUACUUUUUUUUUAUUAACCUGUGUGUAAAGAGACGGACGACUGAUUUUCAGUCCUGUGAUUUAAACUAAAGACAAACUGAAAUAAACUGAUGUCUGGACUUCA